AUGUACUUCGAUGGGCUUUUUGGUCUUUUUUGCUGGCAGAAGACAGUCUUUUGGCUCAGUGCAUUCUUUUUCACCCAAAGUUUUCUUACGGGAUGCUUGCAAAACUAUGCCCGGAAGUACACCAUUCCCAUCGACUUGUUGACGUUUGAGUUUCAAGUACGGCCUACCCGCAGUGCUGGGGUACGGCCGGAAGAAGGCGCUUACAUCAAUGGAAUUUUCUUGGAGGGGGCUCGAUGGGAUAUUGAAGAGAAUUCAAUUGUAGAGAGUUAUCCAAGGGUUCUUUAUGAUGCAUUGCCCAUUAUACGGUUGAAGCCAGGAGAGAAAGCGAAAUUUGAAUCGAAAGAUGCUUAUGACUGUCCGUCCGUUCGAUUUAACUUGAAGUCCUGGCACACUGUCCGUCAUUCAACGAGCCAAGUCCUUCCCUACAGCACCUCAUCUGCCAUUAUGGCGCCCAAAGGCUUUGAAGCACUCGACGUCGAGAUCGACGCAGCUUCGGACGCUGGAUCGCACCCGAUUGCACCCUUACAAGCCGACUUCACGCUUACCUCCGAUAUCCUGAGCGAACUUCGCGUCAAGAAGGACUGUACGAAUGAAAUCAACAAUCUUCUCAUCUAUGCGUUGGCGGCAUUGGUCAUUGUUUUGAACCGCCAGCACGAGAGACCUCUCUCCAUCACCCUUAUCAAGCGCUUUGCUACCGAUUCGAUCGACACAAAGCCACAGGUAGUCCAGUGCGAACCACUCAACAUGCAAGCUACGGUCGGAUGGACGAUCAAGCAAAUCGCAAAAAAGACGGCUGCACUUAUUUCUGAGACUCCCCAUUCUCUUACCGUUCUUCUCCGCGAUGCAAGCUUGUCAUCACAUCUCCCAUCGGACUCCGACAUCCGCCUCGAGAUCUUGGAUUCAGCAUCCGCCGCGUUCACCGGCCGUAUCUCGGUCGAUCCUUGUACCUUCCCGGACACGGCAGAGUCUUGUGCCCAGCAAUUACGCGCUACGCUGACCAAGAUGAUGCUCCCCAAUGUUGAGCAGCUUACAUGCGAGUCUCUCAUCUCCUCGGUAGUGCAGACGGCGUAUUGGGCGGAGCAGUUGAAAAAGGCGCCUUCCUGCCCUUUUCCAACUGAUAAAGCGCACAACGGAGAGGCACAUAUCCCGUCGAUGAGAUAUCAUCAAUUCAGUUUUUCCUUGGAGCUAUCGAACGCCAUUGUCUACUAUGCCUCAACGAAACAGACAUCCCCCUUUGUUGUGAUUCUCAGUGCAUUGAAUGUGCUUAUGAGCCGAUGGAUGCGGAGCGAGGACAUCUGUAUUGGCUCAGUCUCAACCGUGGAAACAUCCGACCACGUGAGGAACAAGUUAGCUCUCCGUAUAAACAUAUCUGACUGCAAGAAUUUCAAUGAUGUCCUGGAUCGAGCCAGAAAAACAUGUCUCGACGCUUUUGACAAUGAGCAACUCCCGUUCUCCGACGUCCUCGCAGCCGUCAACCCGCCACGUUUACCUGGUCGUCACCCUCUGCACCAGUUCAUGCUGAUUGAACUGACUGGUACCGGACAAGUCCUCCAGAGUACUUUCGAGUCCCCAGCUGCGCACAAGGGUCCGAUGCCCGUGGACGACCGGUUAUCUCCGCUGGAGAUGAUAUUCCAUUUCACAUGUGAGGAGGAAGGAGCUAUUGAAUGGACUGUUCAAUUUGAUGGCAACCUGUACUUGAGGGGAACAGUGGAAAGGCUUCUCUUACAGUUGCAAUCAAUUCUAACUGUAAUUGCAAUGCAAUCGGACACGGAUUCGCUUGACACCUUGAGUAGUACCAUGCCUGCUGAGGAACGAAAGCUUGUGGUUCACGAUUUUAACUGUGGGAGGCGACACUUAGAUGAAUCAGCGCUCCUUCAUAGUAUAUUCGAAAGCACGGCUGCGAAGAAACCACAUUUUCCGGCUGUGAUCUUCAGAGACAUCACGCUAACUUAUGGACAAGUUAAUGACGAGGCAAAUAAACUGGCGAGAUAUCUACGCUCCCAAGGCCUGAAACGGGAAGAAAUCGUCGGUAUUUGCUUGUCAAGAAGCCACCGUAUUGCCAUCUCCAUUCUCGCGAUCUGGAAAGCUGGUGGUGCCUAUGUACCAUUAGAUACCGAAGCUCCCCCAGGAAGGAUGUUGCACAUGGUGAAGGAUACGAGAAUUCGGUUUCUUUUUACUGAGGAUCAACAGUUGCAUCAUUUCGUCGGCGAAGGGCGCCAAGAGUUCGCGCACUUGCUACAAUUAAAUUGGGAUGAUGACCACUUACAGCGAGAUCUGAAGAGAGUACCUUCCAAGAACAUUGAUAACGCCGAGGUUGGUUUGAAACCGGAAAGCCUUGCCUACUGCCUGUUCACCUCGGGCACAACGGGAACUCCGAAGGCUGUGCUUAUUGGACCAUCGAUAUACCUAGGAUUCUUUCAGUAUACGUUUGAUGUUAGCAUCGCUGAUCUUCUUAUUCCCUUCACGUAUGGCGCCACCCUUUACGUUGUCAGUAAACAGGAUCUUUUGCAGGAUCUCACGGCAUUGGUAGAAAAGCAUCAGAUUGACGUCAUGGGACUAACACCGAGCGCAAUGCCUCUAUUGGAUCCCAUCAGAGCCGCACAGACGCUACGCACAAUCCAUAUCAGCGGGGAAGGGUAUCUUCGCUCGACUGUGAACUCCUUCAUGAAAGCGGGAAUUAAGAUAGUGAACGCAUACGGUCCGACCGAGUGCGCUGUCUUCACGUCCGUUACCGUACUAUCGCAAGAUACCUAUCUGAAUUGCAUUGGAUAUCCGCUCCCAAAUCUGGCACAUUACGUACUGCAUCCCUCAACGUUCCAACCCGUACCAAUCGGGUUGCCCGGCGAACUGUACAUAGCUGGUGUGCAGGUCGGAAGAGGAUAUCUAGAUCGAGAAGAAUUGACCGCAAAGACGUUCCUUUGCAAUCAUCUUUGUACCGGAGACGAAGCAUUGGAGCGACUCUACAAGACUAAUGAUUUGGUCAGAAUGCAUUCUGAUGGUAGCAUCGAACAUCUGGGACGAAUCGACUCGCAAGUCAAACUUCGCGGUUACCGUAUCGAACUGGGGGAGAUCGAGUCAGUACUAGCCGCUCAUCGCGAUAUUGCAGCCGUUACUGUACAGUUGCGAGAGGAUCGAGUCGUUGCUUACGUAGUGAUGAGGACUUUAAUAGAAGGAACUGCCUUGCAAAUGGACACGUCAAAUCUUCGGCAGCACUGUGCUCAAUUCCUCGUUCCGUAUAUGGUACCUUCAACCUUUAUUCAAUUGCCGUCUUUACCGCUGACCCGUAAUGGAAAGUUGGACAAGGCACAGUUGCCCGCACCAGUAAUCGAGAAAGCCGCCGGAGAUCAAAAUUUACCCAACUCAUAUACCGAAAAACGUAUUGCUGAAUUAUGGAACGAAGUCUUGCAAUCAGGCAAUCAGAUUGAUGUCCGUACCAAUUUUUUUGAAGUCGGCGGGAACUCUCUAGCGGCGGCAAAAGUCUUGGGAAGACUGAAGACUGAUAUGAACUACGUGGGACUGCGGUUGGCGGAUGUAUUCGACUGUCCAACUAUUUCGGCACUCGCUGCUCGCAUUGAAGCCGUUCGAUCUGACACUGAUAGUGUAAGUUUGCCGAAAAUCACACUGCAACCGCGAGCGGAUGUUAGAGGCGCUUCUCCGCAUGAGGAGCGUAUGUGGCUCUAUCAACUACAGAACCCCGAAAGCUGCAAUUAUCACAUUGUGCAAGCCUUUCCUAUAGAAGGCCAUACCUCAUCCGAAGUUGUAAAUGCCAUCAGAGAACUGCAACAACGACAUGACAGUUUGAAUAGCACCUUUGGGACUGACAACGAUGGGAAUCUUGAAGUUCACGUACUCGAAUUAGAAGCCGCAGCAUCCGAUAUCCGGGUCAUCAAUUCCUUGGAUUUGAGUGAAGCCAAUGUAAUCUGUUCAAUAAUAAAUCACGAAUACAGUACGCCUUUUGAUCUGAAGAACGGGCCAGUUGCGCGUUUCUCGGUGGUUGAGCUGGAUACUCUUAGUUGCGUCGUGGUUCUAGGGGUUCACCAUAUCGUGUUCGAUGGGUGGAGUAUCAACCUUGUACAAGAGGAGCUCACCGCUCUUUGCGAGAGGAGGGACUUGUCGGUACCUUAUCAAUACGCGGAUUAUGUCGCUUGGGAAAAGACUAUUCCCAAUACUAUAUUUCAAAAACAGUCGGCGUACUGGAAAGAGAAGCUUGCGAACACUGUGGUCUUGCAGUUCCCAUAUGACAAAGUGCAUUCUGGUUCAGUCCAUAAAAUCUUACGUGGCAGCGCCGCCUUUUCCAUUCCGGCAAAACUGGCCUCCCAACUUGAGGAAUAUGCUACUUCUCGAAACGCAUCCGUUUUCAUGGUUAUGAUAAGUGCUCUAAAAAUAAUUCUUGCCUCUUACACUGGAAGCUUGGACAUCUGUAUCGGUACUGUGAGUGCAAACCGGGGAGUGAAAGAGUUGGAAGGCAUUGUUGGAUUCUUCGUGAAUACGCUGGUUUUACGCACAGAUCUCACCGGAUUGGAUACAUUUUCGGAAGUGGUUGCAGCUGUUAGGGGUACCAUUUUGGAGGCAUUCGACAACCAGCUUCUUCCUUUCGAAGAAGUCGUUACCACGGAGAUGCCUUCUCGAUUACCCGGACGACAUCCGUUCUUCACGUUUAUGUUGGUUGAGCAAAACUCUCAUCUUCUGUCGAGACAUCAACCAGAUGAGCGGCCCGAAGGUCUUGCCCCAUUCGAGAUGUUAAUUGAGUAUACGAAGAGCCCCGACGGAGCACUAAUGGGGUUCUUCAACUACGAUAAGAAUCUCUUCCAUGAGGCCACUAUCCAGAGUAUGCAAGAUCAGCUCCAGACACUGCUAGAGAAUUCCAUAAGAGCUGCAACUCCGUUUAUUCUGCCUACUGUAUCUACUGCCGAAGUAAAGCCUUCAGAUACCGCUUUGUUGGAAGACUAUCUUCGCGACCUCCCUUCGGGCAAGCUGAGCUUCGGCCGCACAACGCCAAAUACCUGUCCGCAUAUAACAAUGAACCCCAGUCGUUCACUAUCCCCAGCUUGGGCCGCGACAUUGCGCAAAUAUCUUUGCGCUGACGAUAUCAUUUUCGGCGAUCCCGAUCUUGUAUUUUCGGGAAACAAUGGCGCUUCGUUUGCUAUCCCAUGUCGGGUGCGCUUUCCUGAUUCGGAACAGACCAUUGCUGAUUUCUUGAGAUUCGUCGAUGAAAAUAUUGAUCGCAUUCGGCGAAAAACUGCAAAUCUUGAUUUAUCAGCUAUUCGACAUUGUUAUCACAGUGCGAAUAAAGAACGUACGGGGCAGGCUUGCGGCGACACGACACUGGUUUACGUCGAUACACCCGAGCCCACUACUAGAACCUAUUCCGACACGAAUCCAUCGGACGCACAGUCCUCUGUUUUUACAGUCGUGAUUUCCCGCGAAUUUGGGGAUAGCGAGCGAUUUUUCAUAACUAUUUCAGGAAGUAGCGUUGAGAUUGUCGCCAACAACCAAAUCGGAUGCCUUCUGCAUGAAUUUGACUUCACAAUUUCCCAGCUCGUAGCGUCUGCGAAUGUUAGCAUCAAGGAUGAUUCGCUAUGGGAUUUAUCUGAGCAUCAAUCCUCAUUGAUCUCACAGUUUAACUUCGGAGGGACAGUCUCUUUACCAUAUGACGUUGUGAUUGAUGGUUUCCGAAAGAUCAUGCAGGAGUGCUCAGAAACCCGGGCCGUGGAGUAUGGAGAUCAAUUCUUGACUUAUGCCGAGCUAGAUAGUCUCAGCACCACGCUGGCCGCGCAGCUAGCGUCGAAGGGAGUGACUAAGGAUCAUCGUGUGGCCAUUGUAUUGUCCAGAAGCCUCGAGUUCACAUUGUCGAUGGUGGCAGUAGCGAAAACUGGCGCGGCGUUCGUCCCGUUGGACGCCCAGUUUCCGGCGGACCGCAUUCAGUAUAUUCUGCGUGAUUCACAAGCUACGUUAAUCCUUUCGACCCAAUGCACAGGGAAGAUAGAAGCACUGUCACUCCAUGAUAUUGAACUCUUAUGGGUCGACAUGAAGCAACUUCAAUCCUCUCCCCGGCACUUCACGCCAGCAGAUCGACACUGCGCUACUGGAUCAGACACCUUUUUCUUCUUGUAUACAUCUGGAUCAACUGGCGCACCAAAAGGUGUUCCCGUUCCUAAUAUUGGUGUUUCAAACGUAAUAAACCACUACCGUAACCAUCCCGGAUGUGUGGAAGGUUCUCGAAUUGCUCAGUUCUUAGCGGUUGGUUUUGACGGAUGCCAAUUGGAAACAUGGUCCGCUUUGAAUCAUGGCGCAACUCUUGUCCUGCGUGAAGAAGAUGCAUUCAAAACUAUUUCUUCCGUUACUACACUCUUUAUUACCCCCACCGGACUCUCGAAGAUUGGAAAGCCCGAAGAUUACCCCUGUUUAAAAGCGGUUACGGUUUGUGGCGAGCACUGUCCAAGAGAGCUGAAGGACAUAUGGGCAACACACGUUGUGUUCAACAAUAUAUACGGUCCAUCUGAGGUUUCCGUCAUAUCGCACCUUGCUUUGCUCAAACCAGACGACGAAGUCACAAUUGGCCGGCCAAUUCCGAACUCCAGUUGCUAUAUAUUGGAUGCUCAACACAGACAAGUUCCAAUUGGGGUGGUGGGUGAGAUUUAUAUCGGCGGUGUCGGUAUCUCCCCUGGAUACAGCAAUCUGUCGAGGCUAACCGAGGAGCGGUUCCUACCGGACCCGUUCAUUCCUGAUUCGCGAAUGUUCAAGUCAGGAGAUAUGGGGUACAUAUUUUCGGAUGGGAGUUUUGGUAUACUUGGCCGCAAAGAUGAUCAGGUGAAGUUCAAGGGAUACCGCAUCGAAUUAGACGAAAUUGCUGCCGCAAUGAUGAAACAUCCUCAAGUGAGCGCAGCGGUUGCUAUCGUGAAGGAUAGCUCUUAUCUGGUUGGAUUUUUCACACCGGACACGGUUGAUGUGCAAGAAUUGCGCGACAUUCUUGCUAGCCGAAUCCCCAGGUAUAUGAUGCCUGCCGUUUUUCAUGGCCUGACUAACAUGCCGACAAAUGCGAAUGGAAAGGCCGAUAAGAAGGCACUUGCACAGCUUGAUAUGCGCAUGCAAGUAGAUGACCUUGAAACCGAAUCUGAACGGCAACUGGCAAAAUUGUGGUCCGAGAUCCUUGGAGUGCAGAUCCAGCUCAUUGGAAGGGAUAGCUCCUUCUUUGCCCUUGGUGGUGACUCGUUAUCUGCGAUCAGUUUGGUCGCGAAGGCCAAGAAACACGGGUGUUCCAGUCUUUCUUCAACGGUGAUCUUUUCAAAACCUCUGUUGGCGGACAUGGCAGCGAUACUCAAGUCCGUCUCUACGGAGUACAUUCCAAUAGCUUGGCCAGUUGCUUGUGUCAGCCGCGAGACUUUGGCUGAAAUCACAACGGACUUCUUGCCAAAGCUAAACAUCCGGAACGAGUACGAAGUGUUUCCUACCACACCGUUGCAAAGUGGAAUGAUUGCAGCUACAUUACAAGACAAUUCUUCGUACCUUGCUCAUAUUAUUUUCGAAGUAGAGGGUACAAUAUCUGUGAGCCAACUGGAAACGGCAUUUUGGGUGGUCAUAAAGCAGCACGACAUAUUGCGAACCACCUUUGUCUCGACCUCGACCGCGGGUCUGUGCCAGAUCACACAUGGCGAGUCCACGGCAACGGUGGAUAUCGUCAGUGUACCGGAACUCACCACAUAUCUCGAGUCUGAUAAGCUGCGUGGUUUUACUCUUCAAGACACUCAUUGGGUUCGCUUAGCGUUGGUAUCUUCGUCCCUACCCAUCCCUAGGCAAUUCGUGGUGAUGGCGAUUCACCAUAGUUUGUAUGACGGAUGGUCAUUGCCUAUUAUAUGCGAUGACCUCAUCAAAGCAUACGUCGGUGAAAGGCUCCUCGAUAGGCCUCGUUUCCGCACUGUCGUGGACUAUGUUUUUGCUCAGGAUAUGGCUGAAAGCCGGAAAUUUUGGAGCGCCUACCUUUCGGACAUCGUUCGUCCGUCGCCUUUGAACCUUCGCUGUGGAGCUCCCGCUAAAGAUGAAAUGCCAUCACCCAUUUUCCAUCAAUGCUCUACUUCUACCGACGUUCUUCAAACCUCCGCGCGCUCUGCGGGAGUCACAAUGGCUGUGCUGUUGAAAGCCGCCUGGGCGUUUACCCUACGGAAGUAUCUGCGUGUAGAUGACGUGAUUUUUGGUCAAGUGCUUUCCGGACGUGAUAUCCCUGUGGAAGGUGUAGAGGCGAUUGUUGGACCUUUAAUCAAUACAGUACCAUGCCGCAUCAAUGUCUCUGAUUCGAGUAGUGUUUUGGACAUUCUGAAAUGUUUGCAAGCAGACCAUACCAAAAUGCUACCUCACACGCAUACGGGUCUAGUGGACAUCCAACGGUACGCUGGGGUCCAAGCAGAUGUUUCGCUUUUCCAAACCCUAUUUGUCUUUCAAAACCUUCCUGUGAAAAACGAGCAUGCAGUGGAGCAGAUCAUGCGGACACCCGAUUUUGCGAGCACUUCCGGCGGGUCCAUGUCGAAGUACCCCUUCGAGUUAGUUCUCCAUCCAGAAGAUAAGAUCCUCCGUAUCAGCGGCUUCUAUCAAUCUCGGAAUAUGGAGGAAUCUCAAGCGUUUAUGUUGUUGGACGAAUUCGAUUUCACAGUUAGCAGGCUUGUAGAAGCAACAAUUCAAGACAACUGUAUGAUGAAGGCUGAAGACAUGUGGGAAUUGUCUCCUUCGCAAACCCUUGCCCUUGAGAAACUCUGCGUGGGGCCGAAGGUGGAUCCACACGAAGUAGUUCACCAGAAUUUUGAAGCUCGUAGUAAACAGCACCCUAGCUGGAUUGCUAUUGAACACGCAGGCGAGUGCUUGUCAUAUGGCGAGCUCAACGAGCGCGGUGAAGCAGUUGCCGGUCAACUCGCUUCUCUGGGUGCACGUGUUGGAAAACGUGUUGCUGUUAUUAUGCAGCGCUGUCUUGAAUUUCCUAUUGCCCUACUAGCCGUUCUAAAGACUGGUGCCGCUGUUGUUCCGAUCGAUGCCAAGUUCCCCGAACAUCGAAUCACCUAUAUCUUGCAAGACUCGGAUGUAUGCGCUAUCGUCAUGCAAGAAGGGCAAGGCGAUAGACCUUUUAGCCUGGAUAGGGCCGUCGUAUAUGUGGAUAGAAGAUCAAAAGAUCGACAUGGUUUUGAACGUAUGGAGAAGCAUAUGCCAACUGGUGCCGAUGAAUUUUUGGUCGUUUACACCUCAGGAUCAACGGGAAACCCUAAAGGCGUAAUUGUACCUCACUUUGGCGCCAUGAAUGUUAUCCUGUUUUGUGCCCCUCUCCUUGGUUGUCAUGAACGAUCUCGUAUGGCUCAGUUUAUGGCUAUCGGUUUUGAUGCGUGUGCAUGGGAGACCUGGUCAGCGCUCAGCAGUGGCUCGACGCUCGUUUUGUACGAUCAGGUGAUGGAUACGCUAUGUAACGUGGAUUCACUUAUGAUUACGCCGACUGGUUUGUCUCAGCUAGGUUCACCAUCCGAGUUCCCUAACCUGAGGAACAUGGUUGUUACUGGAGAGGCAUGCUCGAAGGAAUUGAAAGACCUGUGGUCGGAACAUGUCGUCUUCAUUAAUGGUGGAGGACCUUCUGAGGUGUCAAUCUUGGCGCAUAUUGGCAGAUUAUUCCCUGAAGAGCCGAUUACUCUGGGCAGAAUCAUCCCCAACUCAUGCUCGCAUGUCCUGGAUGAACGAAUGAGGCCAGUCCCGGUGGGAGUCGUUGGCGAGUUGUAUACGGGUGGUUGGGGUAUCGCACACGGUUAUGUUAAUUUACCGCAACUGACUGCGGAGCGAUUCGUUCCUCAUGAUUUACGCCAUCACGGGCCUUUGAUGUUUAAGACAGGGGAUCUCGGGCGAGUCUUGCCCGAUGGUAAAUAUGAGUUGCUUGGACGUAAAGAUGACCAAGUAAAAUUGAAAGGCUAUCGCAUCGAGCUGGACGAAGUGGCGGCAGCUAUCAUUAAACAUCCGCGGGUUGCUACAGCAGCUGUUAUUGUGAAGGAUGGCACGUAUUUAGCUGGCUUCUUCACCCCAUCCGAUGUUAUUAUUGCAGAGAUACGCGCGGUAGUGGACGAGAAUUUACCGCCCUAUAUGAGACCAGCUGUGUAUUGCGGAUUGGACGCGAUGCCAACCAACGUGAAUGGAAAAACUGAUAAGAAAGCCCUGGCUGAAAUUGAGCUCAAGAUGGAGCGUGCGUACCUUGCCACUCCUAUGGAGAUCAAGAUGGCUGCCCUAUGGGCUAAGGUUUUGAACAAACCGCUCGAGCUAAUUAGUAGAAACACUUCCUUCUUCGAGCUCGGGGGUGAUUCCAUGUCAGCGAUGCGCCUUGUCGCCCUGUGUAAGAAGGAAGGGAUCAUCCUAACUACACAGCAGAUAUUCAAAACCCCUACAUUAGCCCGCCUCGCUUCAUAUUUUGAAGAGUCCCCUAGCGAAACAGAGGUCGCGAAGGCAGCUCAUACCUGGCCUGCUGCGAAGAUCAGUCAAAGGGCGUACGAGGAAAUCGCAAACAUUUGGGCACCCUCCGUGCGGCUAAAUGGCGAGUUCGAUGCAUUCCCGCCAAUGCCCGGGCAGGCCGGCAUGGUGAUGACAACGAUGCGUGAUCCCGGAGCGUACGUUAACCAGGUUCUUCUCGAUGUGGCACCUGGUGUGACUGAACCAUCGGCGCUAAGCAAAGCUUUCCACACUCUCGUCGCCACUCAUGACAUUCUGCGUACUGCCUUUGCAUCGACCUCGGAUGGCAUAUGUCAAAUUGUUUUGCAUGAAGCCCAACCCUUGUUCGAGGAAGCUGCUACUACGGAUAUAUCGGACUUCUUGAAGCAAGACAAACAGCGCGGAUUCAAAGUUUCGGAUAAGCAAUGGGUGCGACUGACGCUAGUUCGUGCUCGCGAAGAGUAUCAUGUUUUAAUGACGAUACAUCACGCAUUAUAUGACGGUUUCUCAAUGCCACUGAUUACUCACGACUUCUUGAAAGCGGUGAAUGGGUUGCCACUUACCAAACGACCGAGUUUCCGUACCGCCGUCGAUUACAUAUACUCACAAGAUCUGGACGCAGCUGAAACCUUUUGGCGUGAUUACCUCGUGGAUACUGUGGCGGCACCAGAGCUUUUAUUAGGGGGCUGCCCAUUGGAUGAGGACGCUCCAAUUGACGUUGCAUGUCCGUUAUCAAUGGCUCAGCUACAGGAGGCUGCAAGAACGGCUGGCGUCACAGUUGCGGCGAUUCUCAAAUGUACAUGGGCGUUCACACUUCGUAAAUACUUGCGAACAAGCGAUAUCAUUUUUGGUCAGGUUCUCUCUGGACGGGAUAUAUCAGUACAGGGCGCGAAUGAGAUUGUUGGACCACUCAUCAACACGGUGCCAUGUCGGGUGCGCUUCGACGACCGAAGCGUGAUUGACGUCUUGAAGGGCAUUCAUGAUGAAUAUGCCUCCAUGCUUUCCUUUGGGCAUGCUAGUUUAGUGGAUAUCCAAAGCUGGGGCAAGGUAACAGCAGAAAACAAACUCUUCAACACGCUGUUCGCAUUCCAAAACAUACCCAACAGCGGAGAGGCCGAUACCACCAAGGAUAGUCGUUUCAAACUGUCGUCGAAGAACCCCCGGAACAACGGAACGUUCUCCGACUAUUCAUUCGAGCUUAUUCUAUCGCCGCUAGGGGAAGAGCUACGCGUUUCUGCUUUUUAUGAGAGGAUGGGAAGGUCACAAGCUUCAAUGGUUGUUGACGAAUUCAACUACACGAUGACGCAGCUUGUGGAUAACAUAACCGGACCAACAGCGAACGCACGUAGCGCCUUCUGGGACCUAUCGCCACAGCAGGUUAAGCUAAUAGACCAGUUUUCCUACGGCGAGCAUGUCGAAAUCCCUUUCCCCAUAGUACAUCACGCUUUUGAAUCCUACGCAAGAAAGCAUCCUGAGUGGCGUGCGGUUGAAUAUGGGAAUGACUAUAUGACAUAUGGGGAGCUUAAUGAACGGGGAGAUGCCAUCGCGGCUUUGAUUGGGACACUCAAGGCGGGUUCCGGUGUUGCAGUCAUCAUGCAGCGCUGCCUGGAAUUCCCUGUUGCACUGCUGGGAGCUUUGAAGGCAGGCGGGGCAAUUUUGCCGAUCGACUCUAAAUUUCCGCCUGAGCGCAUCAGGUUUAUGGUGGAAGAUGCGAACGCCAGUUGCAUUGUGUCGAGGAAAGCUGAUGCGAAAGCAGUGCACGACCUGAACUUGGAUAUCCCAGUGAUUUAUGUCGAACACAGCUUGAGUGAUGCACAUAGUCAGACUACACUCGUCGAGGAAGGAAAAGGCAACGCUGAGAUGUUUAAAGGUCGCUCAGGAGGAGAUAAACGGGCUUAUCCAUGUUCUCCAACGAUGUCGACUGAUACCCCACGAAACAAAAAAGUUGAAACAUCUCGCAAACCGCGCAAAUCAUUCUGGGAGUGGGCAAAGCGAACAGCAUCGACGUUUUGCGGAUGUCCCACACAAAAGCCAGUAGACUCAACGACUGCACGAUCUACCUUCCGUCAAACGGGUGCACCACACGUACAGGAAGCCGACACGUUUAUGGUGGUCUACACAUCGGGCUCCACCGGGAAACCGAAAGGAGUACCUGUACCACAUGGCGGUGCAGCCAAUGCCAUUUUUGCCUGGUCCCGUGAAAGCGGAUAUCAUGAGAAAGCGCGGGUAUUGCAAUUCAUGGCAAUCGGGUUUGAUGCGUGCCAGCUCGAAACUUGGUCUGCUUUAUGUAAUGGGGCCACUUUGGUGAUACGGGAAGAGGAUGCUCGCGAAUCAAUCAAAAAAGUCUCAGCGUUGUUCAUGACGCCAACUGGUCUCUCCACCCUUGGCUCACCACUGGACUAUCCUAAUUUGAAAUAUGUGACUGUAGGUGGGGAAAUGUGUCCCCAACCCCUUAAAGAUUUAUGGGCGCCACAUGUGCGGUUCAUUAAUGUCACCGGCCCCACGGAAAUAUCAAUUCUUAGUCAUAUGGGAACUCUCAAGUCCGGCGCUACGGUGACGGUAGGCAGGCCGCUGCCGAAUACUUCAUGCUAUCUGUUGGAUCAGAACGGAAGAGUUCCUGUGGGGGUAGUAGGCGAAAUGUACGUUGGUGGAAUAGGUGUCGCCCCCGGAUAUGUGAAUUUACUCGAGCAAAGUGCCGCCAGGUUCCUUCCCAAUCCUUUCAAUCCGGGCCGAAUGUACAUGACUGGCGAUCUCGGGCGUAUACUUCCAAGCGGCGAUUUCGAAAUUCUCGGACGGAAGGAUAACCAGAUAAAAUUCAAUGGUUAUCGGAUUGAGUUGGACGAGGUUGCUGGCUCCAUCUUGCGACACCCCGAAGUCACGAGCUCAUGCGUGAUCGUAAAAGACCAGAAAUACCUGGUUGCCUUCGUAACGCCCGGAAACCUAGACGUUGAGAGCGUUCGUCAAUUUGCGCAACAAUGCCUCCCGCAUUACAUGGUUCCCUCUAUUUUUCUAGCGUUGGACGAGAUGCCUGUCAACAUCAACGGUAAGACGGACAGAUCGGCCCUUGCAAAGCUGGAUAUCCAAUCAAAUCAAGGUUCCCGCCCAUUGACAACAAUUGAAGAGCAGUUAGCGUCGAUUUGGGCUGAAGUACUUAAAUCCGACGCCGGUCAGAUUUCCCCCACCUCGUCGUUCUUCUCGCUCGGCGGUCACUCGAUGAACGCAUUUAUCGCCCUUCAAAGGAUUAGGAGAAAAUUUGAUCUUGAUCGAUUCAAUCACGAAACGAUGUUUACGGCGCCAUCAUUAGAGCAGAUGGCUCUUGCCAUCACACGGAUGGUGGACAAUGCUAAUGUUGUGAAGUCCUCGAUGAACAGUUUGCACAACCCGCCGAAAUCUAUACGUAUUCUUUGUCUCCAUGGGCAAGGGUCGAAUCCGGCCCAUCUUGCCCAUCAACUUUCUGCAAUAUCUGUGGCAUUAGGCUCAGAUGUCGAACUCAUCUACCUUCAAGGUCCUUUCGAAGGAUUUUCGUCUCAACUUCGCAUUUAUUACCCAAAUAUGACAGGAUACUCCUGGUUUCCAUCCGACGGCAACAUCACGGAAGAUGAUGCAUUUCAGACAGCACACCUUGUUCUGACAGAGAUCGAAAAGCACGGUCGCGUCCAUGCGCUACUGGGCUUUUCUCAAGGAGCAAUGGUGGUCGAACUGAUGGAUCGAAUGGCUGAAAAGUCGCUCAUCCCUCGCAAGUGGAAUUUCAGCAUCCUUUUCUCUGGACUUCCGUUAUCAUCGCCUCACGUACCCUCUGCCUGGACUGAGACAGCAACGAGUGGAUGGCAAGUUCCGUCGAUCCAUAUCUCUGGCGAAAGAGAACGUGAGGAGUUCCAUACUCUUCUCGCCGGCCGUUAUGAGGCCACGAAAUUGACUCAUCUUCGUCAUAACGGGGGUCAUGAUAUACCCAGGGAUGAAGAGUUCGCAUUACGUAUUAGUAGUAUCAUCAAAUCAACAAGCACUCAUUCAUCCGAAAUCCAUGGAGCAGCAUCACUUGGAAAUGAACUUUCCGACGCUGUUCUGUCGGCCGUCAUUGCGCACGCUGGUUCCCAAUUUGACAUCCAGAGGAAUACUGCGGGGCUAAAUUCCUUAAUGUUCCUUAUCGACGCACCUCGUGCUCGGCUAGUUGUUAAGCAACCAAUCUCAGAGACUUCUGCGGCCGAAAUAGAACAAGAGCAUGGCAUUCUCAUGGCUCUUUCCAAGAUUUCGAACGAGUCGCUUUCUAUUCCAACGCCCAUCGCCAUUAUUGAAAGACACUCUAUCGUUUCGCGAGUGGAUGGCGACAAUGGGGCGGACGGAUGGAUACGAGCUGGAUCUUCGGAAGCCCGCCUUCAUAUUGCGUACCAGUUUGGUGAGGCUCUUCGCAUCAUCCACAAUUGGGAGCUCACAGGAGUUCCUGUCCUCGGACUUCCUGCUGACAGUGGCAUUCACGCGAGUAGCAGUCCUCAAGACUGGUUGAAGGCCAGCCUGGAUUUUGUCAACGACAAUAUUACGCGGGAUCUUGGUCACACAAGUCGCGAAGAAGGGAUCAAAAGCAUAUCCAUUAUGCGCAAUAUCCUCCAGACGAAUAUGGCCGAAAGGACGACAGCAACUCCAAACUAGUAUUCCUGCAUGGUGAUGCCGUCCUGGCCAAUGUGCUCUUUGUUCAAGACCAAACAUCAUUAACAAAAUGGCGCGCAGUGGGAGCGGUGGAUUGGGGCAGCGCUGGUUUUGGAGAUUGUAGGUUCGAUUUAGGGACGGCAGCAUGGUCUAUAGCGGCCUCCGCUGAAUUGGUAGACGAAGCGGAACUAACGGAGCAGUAUGUGGGAGCCUUUUUGGAUGGAUAUGGAGGAUUCAAGAGCAACUUUGAGUCCUUGCGUAAAUGGGUGCAUUUGUACCAUCUACAGUCAUUCGUAGCGCAUACAAUCUAAAUAGAUUUAGAUGUGGACUAGCGGUUUAGACAUAAUUUAGAUUGUAGACUAGAUGUGAACCUCAUACAUACUUUACAUAAACAAAGUCGGAUAAACACACGAAAUA